AUGGAAUCUGUUUCUUGCAUUGGCAAAAAUGAAACAAAUAACACUUUUGUCGACUGGUCAGCAUUCACUUCCGUCGAUCAUCGUCGAUAUUCAUUCACAUUUUUAAAUUUGACACGUCUAACAUAUUUAACAUUCACUAAUUUUUCAUCGACAUUCCCUCGAAAUGACUUAACGCUUUCGUUCACAUUCAUCAAUGGUUUGGAUGAAAUAGGAGAAAAUACAUUUCAAGAGCUUAAUUACUAUUCCGAUGAACCGGUCGACAUGACAUUUACUUCACCACGAAAUUUCAAACUUGUCGAUUAUGCAUUUGGUCGAGCAGAAUAUUUCGAAAUCGUUAUCGAUAGUAUACAAUAUAGUCAUAUCAAUAAUCUUCCAUAUAAAUUUAAUUUAAAAUCAAUGGAUGGUAUCAAAUUCUAUCAGAUGAGUAUUAUAAAUUCUGGUCAAGUAUAUUUCGUUUCUAAUGGCUCGUCUGCUAUCGAACUUACCGAAAUAACAGUGGUUAACUGUUCGUUGACAAAUGCAAGCCUACUUAUCGAAUCUUUUUCUACAUCAAUCGUUGAUUUAGAUCUCUCAUCGAAUCAAUUAAUUGAAAUUCCUUCGAUGAUGAAGUUUCAGGAGAUGAGAGAAAUUGAUUUGAAGAAUAAUUUGAUUGAAGAAAUUACAUCAAAUAUAUUCAAUAAUAUGAUUAAUUUAAAUCACUUAGAUUUGUCGAAUAAUCGAAUCAGGACAAUAGCAGCCGACUCAUUUAUUGGUAUAGGUUUUUUGAUUACUUUAGCAAUAGAUAACAAUUUUCUGACAUCACUUGAAACAAUAACAAUUGAUAAUCGAACAACAUCGUUUUUACAUCCAUUAAAUAAAUCACUGGCUUUUUUCUCAGCAUCAAACAAUUUCAUACGGGAUCUGUAUCCAUUGAAACAUAUGAUUAAUUUAGAUAAUGUAACAUUAUGUUGUAAUCAAAUAAGAACAAUAGAAGCGAAUACAUUUGGUGAAGCAAGUCAGCUUCGGACGGUUGAUUUAAGUUAUAAUAAAAUCGAAAGCAUUGAUUCGAUGGCUUUUAAUGGAACUGUUAUUAACAAUUUAAAUUUGGCUGGAAAUCCAAUUUUAUCUCUUGAAACGAACUUUCAAGAAGUCCAAAAUCAAACAACAUCGUUUCUGUAUACAGUAUCAGCGACACUUUUCAGUCUAUCAAUUUCAAAUUGUACCAAUUUCAUUGAACUGAAUUGGUUUGUUAUAUCAAAACUUGAAAUUUUAUCGAAUUUAGAACUUUCUCAACUCAAUAAGACCCACAAGUUUUGGCUUUAUCGAAAGACGGAUACGAAUAAUGAAGAUUCACCUAUAAAUUGGAACUUUCCACCUCAUGUAAUUCUCAAUGGCAUCCGAUUCACUGACAAUGAUUAUUGUUUAACCAAAUCAAUUGCUCAUCUAUUGAAUCGGUCAACUUUAAUUGUUGAUAUAGAUCAUCCAUGUAAUUGCUUCAUAUUCAAAUUCAGCGAUUCGUUUGAUAAAGACCAGCGUCCGGUUUGUAUGUCGAAUGAGUCAAUCGUGGAUUCGUUAAGUAAGCGAUGCGCAGAUAUGGAUUUAUAUUGUGAAUUAUUUUCAAACGGUACUACUUCGUCAUUCAUCGAAUGGACAUCAUCAUCCCCGAUGAAUUCGAGCACAACAAUCCAAUUCACUUCAACUCGAAUAGUCACCACGAACGUCGAAACAACAGUUAAAGCCUCGUCGACUACUGUUCCAUCGAGUACAUCGACAACAAAACUGCCAUCGGUAUCACGUACUGACAUGACUGGCACACAAUUUUCAUCGGAAGGAUCGAAUAUAAAUCAACAAAGGAAAAUAAUUUUUGCUACUACAAUACCCAUUGUAGUCAUUAUUACUUUAUGUUUCAUCAUCCUGUAUAUUAUAAAAAGAAAACAAGUGAAUAGUUUGGAUGAAAAUUUUGAAAUGAGAGAAAAAAUCUUACAUACGAUUGAUGAAGAAUGA